AUGCAGUUUGGUGGAACUCGGUGCAGAUUGGUGCAGAUUGGUGUAACUUGGGUGCCCUUUGGUGCAGAUUGGUGCGGUUUAGUGGAACUUGGUGCAGUUUGGUGCAACUUGGUAGAGUUUGGUGCAGAUUGUUGCAACUUGGUGCUAUUUGGUGCAGAUUGGUGCACUUUGGUGCAACUUGGUGUCCUGUGGUGCAGAUUGGUGCAAUUUGGUGGAACUUGGUGCAGAUUGGUGCAACUUGGUGUCCUCUGGUGCAGAUUGGUGCAGUUUGGUGGAACUUGGUGCAGAUUGGUGCAGUUUGGUGCAACUUGGUGGAGAGUGGUGCCCUCGGGUGCAGUUUGGUGGAACUUGGUGCAGAUUGGUGCAACGUGGUGCAGUUUGGAGCAACGUGGUGCAGAUUGGCGCAACUUGGUGUCUUUGGUGCAGUUUGGAGCAACUUGGUGUAGUUUGGCGCAGAUUGGUGCACGUUGGCGCAACCUGGUGCAGUUUGGUGCAGACUGGUGCAACUUGGUGCCCUCUGGUGCAGAUUGGUGGAACUUGCUGCAGUUUGGAGCAACUUGGUGCAGAUUGGUGCGGUUUGGUGCAACGUGGUGUAGUUUGGUGCAA